AUGCCUCUGCAACACCAUCUCCCGUCGAAAGUCUACUAUUUGGACCGUCUGGGCAACAUGUCGACGUCUUCGUGCAUCGGAUCCUCUUCUGGAAGCGUCGGCGGCUCCUCCAGCUGCUCUUCGGCCUCUUCGACCGGAAAUGCGUCGAUCCGCAAGCAGAUUCUGCCGCUCAAGCCGAAACAACCGAACAGCUACGUGCAGCAUCUCGAGAUCAAGUCCAAGGUAUUUAUCUUUUUUCUAACUACUUCUAAAGCUUCCCAGAAUUUUCUCAAUUAUUUUCCAUUCGUCUGAAUUAAUCUAUAAACGAGUGAAAAAUUAUCCCAAGUCAGCUAUUACAUCAGAGUUUUUUUUUCAACUUUUAAAAUGUCUCAAAAUGUUUCGAAAACCAACAAAACCCAGUUUCAGGACCUGUCGAGCGUGCCGGUGACGAUGCUGGAGCUGAAAAAGAAGGAUAAGAGUGAGAAGAACGUGGUGACGACGCUCGUGUACCGCAAACCGAGCGGCUCCUCCUCCGCGACCGCUUCCGAGUACCGUCCGCAGCAGCAACAGCACCAUCUCUCGCUCAUCGGCGGCGAAUCGGCCAUUAGACGUCCCGGAUCGCCCUCUUCUUCCGGCUACGAGACCGAUUCGCUCGUCGAUCAGGAGAACUGCGACGUUUUCUCGGUUAGCCAAUUGUUUUACUGCAAAAAACCAUCAUUUUGACAUUGCAGAACCUGCUGAGCACGAACGCGUACUCGUACGGACACCACCACCAGCUCCAGAACGAGCCAUUGGACAUGCUGCACUCGCACCCGAUCUGGUCUCCGCAACCGUCGCUCAACAACAAUUCGCUGCUGAUGGCGAAUCUGAUGAUGAGCAGCGGACAGGCGGUGCACGGAAACAACAAGAUCAAUAAUAACAACAACAACAACAACAAUUUGAUGAUGAACAAUAAUCUGCAUCACGUCCACCUCUACGCCUACGCUGCCGAUCAUCUCGUGCAAUAG